GGCCUUCCUCCCUUGGCGGCACCUGCGCGCGGAGGCGGGGGUGGGGCGAGAGGAACCCGGAACCCGGCAUUGCGACUUGCGUUUCCAGCCGGCGGGACCCGAGUGCUCUACCGAGCGCGCCCGGACGGCGGCCGACGGACUCGGGUCACCAUAGCAACGCGGCGGGACCAGAGGCCGCUCCCAGCCGGCGUUCCGGCUGCCGACAUGCUGCCACCGCCCUCAGAGCAGGCCCUCAAUGCCCUGCUGGCUCGCAAGGAGGAGGAGUGGCGCGCGCUGCAGGCCCAGCGCUCCCAGAUGCAGGAGGCGGCCCUGCAGGAUGCGCAGCGCCGGCUGGAGGAGGCUCAGGGGAAGCUGAGACGCCUGCGGGAGGACUUUGUCUACAACCUGCAGGUGCUGGAGGAGCGGGACCGGGAGUUGGAGCGCUAUGAUGCGGCAUUUGCCCAGGCCCGCGGCCUGGAGGAGGCCAGGCAAGCUGAGGUGAGCGAGCUCAAGAUCGAGGUGGCCAAGCUGAGGCAGGCGCUGACCAGCGAGGCCCGGCAGCUGGAGGACCUGCAGCAGCAGUACCAGCAGAGGCUGCAGGAACACCGCCUGGAGCUGGAGCGGGUCCACAGUGACAGGAACGGUGAGCUGGACCAGCAACGGGAGCAGUAUGGCAACCUGAAGUGGAAGCUGGAAAGGAGGCUUGAGGAGCUGGACGGUGAACUCGCCCUGCAGCGGCAGGAGCUGCUCCAGGAGUUUGAAUCUGAAAUGCAGAAGCGGGAGCAUGCGUUCCGCCUGCAGGCUGACAGCAUGAGCAACACGGUCCUAGCACACGAGCUCAAGAUUAAACUGCUGCACAAAGAGCUCAUGGCCCUGAGAGAGGCCGGGGCGAAGGCUGCGGAGGCCCUGCACGAUGCGGAGGCAGCGAACGCAGAGCUGGAGGACAGGCUGCAGCGCAGAGACUGGGAGCUCAGGGACCUGGCUGCCAUGAAGGAUGCCCGGAUAAAAGACUUAGAGGGUAAACUUCACUCUGUGCAGCUCACCAAGAAAAAAGAAGAGGAGACAUUUAGGAGGAAGCACGAGGAGCUGGACCGUCUGGCCAGGGAGAGGGAUGCGGUGCUGAUAGCAGCAAAGAGUGCCCAUGUGGAGCAGCUGCAGGCAGCAGAGGCCAGGGCCCUGGAGUUGCAGAUGCGCUGUGAGAACCUCGAGGUGCAGCUCCGCAGAGCUGAGUGGAGGCAGGCAGACGCCACCAAGGAGAAGGAUGCCGCCAUUGACAAACUUCGGGAAGAUGCAUCUGCUCUAAAAUCUGGCUGGGAUGCCCAGAUUGCUCAGCUAUCCAAGGAGAUGAUUUCCAAAGACCUUCAGGUUCAGUCGCUGCAGGAAGAAGAGGUGAAGCUGAAGGCGCAGCUGGCCAGAUGCCAGCAGGACAUUGGAAGGUACAAACAGCAGUUAUCUCUGGCAGUAGAGAGGGAGCAGAGCCUGGAGCGUGACAAGGUGCAGUUGGAGCUGGACUGGCAGCGCCGCUGCGAGGGCAUCGAGCGGGAACAGUACCAGCGAGCCGAGGACUUGAUUCAGGGCCUGACCGUGGCCAGAGAUCAGGUUUCUGCCAAGCUCCAGGAGACGGAGAGGGUGCUGUGUGACCAAGAGGUGGUGCUGAAGGCCGUGACCCGAGAGAGAGACCAGGCUGUGCAUGCGCUACAGACACGCCGCGGGCUCCACCCUGAAGAAGAGGAGCAGAUGCUUCUUAGGCAUCAAGAAGAAGAAAUAAGUAAACGUUUUCCAUCUAAUGAGAUCCAGCAGUUACGAGAGCAGAACACAAGCUUGAGAAAAGUUAUUGCACAAAUGAGGAAAGAAAUGGAAACUCUAAGUGAUCAGAUUCUUCCUUCUGCCCAGUUAGGAGGGGAGACCUCACAAACAAACCAGCCUGACCCAAAGGCAGCAGCGGAUCCCGCCAUUCCUGAUUAUGUUCUGGCCCUUGAAGCAGAAAUGCGAAAUCUAAAGCAUAAAUUUAGAAAACUGGAGGAACAGCUAGAAGAUGUGUUAGAUCCUUCAAAGACGUCCUUGUCCUGUGCUGGCGCUCAGCCCAGUGUCCUGGCCUCCACAGACACCACCGGAGGGGCUGUGCUGGUUGAUGGUGCGUCCACAGGACUGGCGCUCAGGAGGCUAGGAGACAGGGCACAUCUCCUGAGCUUCCUGGUGGCACGGCUCAAACAGAAGGUGCUGCAAGAACCCCUGGACGUGGACAACAUCCAGCGAGAGCUUCCCCAUGAGCUGGACCAGGUGCACCUGGAGGUUUUGCAGCUGCGGAAGCAGGUGGCUGAGCUUGAGAAGCAUCUCGGGUCAGCCCGGAAGGAAGGCGGGGGUGCUUCAGGCAGGCAGCAACCGCACGCCCCAGACACCGUGGCCGUCAGGGUAGAGGGUCCCGCAGGUGGAGGACCCGCAGGGACCGAGGACCAGGGGUCACAGCCUCCGCAGGCACUGUCUGUGCCCCGACUCCAAAGGAAGCUCAAGGAGGCGGCCAGGAAAAUCCUGCGGCUGCGCCUGGAGAAGGAGCAGCUCCUGGAGCUGGGGAACCGGCUGCGUGCGGAGCUGGGUCACCUCACCGGGAAACCGCCUCGCCAUCCCCUUCCCGCUCCUGAGGCCCAGGGCUCAGCUGAGGCACCAGACGCACGCUUGGGACAGUUGCGACCCCGUCUCACAACUCAGAGGCAACACAAAACCUCCACAGUGACUUGCAGAUCAGCUCCUCAGAAAGAAAACCGGUCCCCAAAGCAACGCCUGGCUCAAGAAUUCCAGGAGGAAAAUGGCCACCACACCCAAAGAUCCUCAUCACUUGCCAGCAGUUCCCUCCAGGACACAUGGAAGUUACUGGACCUGGGAUCCAGCCCUUCUGGCCUCACCUCCCAGGAUGACGCACCUCCAGAGCAACUGGCACCUCUGGCAGCCUACAGCCUCCAACACCCCGAGGGGAGCUUCAUCACACCGUGGGCAGUCUUCGCUGUCAAAGGGAUGAAGAUGGAAGCCCAAGCCAGGGGAAAGCCUGCCAGACACCCCAGGGCUCAUUCUGCAAAACCUAGAGGCUGCCAGCGGCCCCCCAAGAUUCGUAACUACAACUCCAAGGACUGACCUCCUCUGCCACCGCACCCCACCGCUCCCCUCCCCCAUCUUCUCAUCCCCUCCCUCCUCCUCCUCCCCCUUCCCCCUCUUCCCUUUUCCCUCUCCUCCUCCCAACCAGUCUCCUCCCCCUCCUCCUGGGUGCUUUUAUCUCCAUAUCAGGGGUGUGUGUGUGUGUAUGUGUGUGUGUGUGUGUGUGUAUACAAGGGAGGGUGGGCAGUGAACUACAGCCCAGUCUCCUGGGUGCUGU